UUGGACAUGAAUGGCCGAGACUUGCAUGCACCCUAGGAUAUUCUCGCACCCUCAUUAUCCUGCUUGCUGACAGCCCUAUGCCAUCCAUGGACGGGUGGGACACACCGCUCUCGAGAAGACUGCGGACCAGACCGACAUCUGGAGUAGUGUCACGUCACAUCCUACGACGAGGUGAAGCAAUUGCAGUGACGCGAGGUCUGUUGCGGUUGGCAUCCAUCCUGCACUCCUAUCCGCCCUUCCUCAGAGGCGUAGUAAGCCAGACAACCAACAAAAGAUGCACUUUGUGCUUACAUGCGAGGAUCUCGCCUGCUUGCUUGCCUCUUGAGUGAGGGUCCCAAUGGCAGACGCAGAUAAGCCAAAGGAUGCUGUCUGCAUGCAUCUCUACUACCGGGGGCACGGCACCUGGGGCGUCUCACUUGUGCUUUGGAUCUUUGGCCUCCCGUACGGACUCUUAUAAAUAGACAGUCCGUUCGGGAAGUAAGAUGAUGAAGGGGACGGUAAUUGGAACUCGACGCUUCCAUAAUCCGAUCCACACAUCAUCCUUCGAGCUCGUGAGUGUAAGACAAAGAUGGAUGGAGCCGGGGAUCGAGCCCCUGUCAAGUUGCGCGCCUCGUGCAACGCCUGCAACGAGUCCAAGGUGCGUUGUAGCCAGACGAAACCGACGUGCGACCGGUGCAAGAAGACGGGAAUGCCGUGUGUGUUUGGCCUGUCACGCCGGAGUCACAAGGACGCGCCUCGCAUCAUGUCCUCCCACUCGCGAUCCGCAUCUUCGUCUGUCACUGGCACAGGUGCCGGCGUGCAUCUGAAAGGACGCUCAAGGGUGGAAAUAUUGGAUGACUUCAACCUCUUUUCGCAGCACCCAGCCCUGGCGCCAAACAGCGUCAUGAUACCUCGUUCGGCGGAUGGGUUGGCAGGUAUAGAUGUCGCCGCCUUAUGGGCGUUUGACUCCUCAGACCCCAUGGACUUUCUCUCGUCCAGCAGCGGUGCCCUUGACCCAUCCCUGAACUCGGCCUCCCUUCCGGGGGGCAACUGGGGCAGUGCCGACGAUGCUGUCAGCCCUCUUCCUCCGUCGCCGCAGCCGCUGAUGCCCCCAAAUUCUUCACAAGCGCAGUCACGUCCGAACCAGCACCCGCAGCAGCAGCUGCUGCAACGGCUUCAACACGAGCAGUCAUCUUUGCCGCCCCACGACCACCAUGGCCCGCAACACGCCCAGGACCCUGGCUCGGGGCCGGAGGACAGUGCCUGCGCCUGUAUAUCGCGCGUCAUACCAGAGGUGGCACGCAAGUCGCAGGCAGCACGUGCCCAGGCGGCAGGAAGGCCGCUGUCGUUCGACGUCGAGCUCUUGCAGCUCAAGCAGGCCAUCCUGGCAUGCGAGGCGUCCAUGGUGUGCCAGUCGCACCCCUCCGACCCCACCGUCAUCAUGAUCACCGGCCUCCUCAUCGGCGACAUCGUGGACGGGUUCAAGACGCUGCUGGGCGGAUCAACACCAGCGACCAACACGUCGCCGUCGUCCUGCUCGACAUCCUGGUCCGUCAGCGCCGCAGACAGCGGACCCACCACCACCAGCGACAGCCAGGCCAAUAACGUGGGCUCACCGACAGCCCCCGCGCGGGGGUCAACCUGGAACGACCAGAAGGUGGUCAGCCCAGGGACAAGGGUUCGUCCGGGCCCCGGUAAUAUAGCGGGCGAGCCACGGCUCAGCUGGGGAGUGCUCCAGCUCGAGGACGACGACGAGGUGGAGCUGCGGCACCGCCUGUGCCAGCUCUACUUCCGCCGGCUGCGCAGCCUGCUCAGGAACUUCGAACAGGCCGUCCGCCAGUUCCGGGAGGCGCAAGGCUUGGCCGGAUCCUCCACAGCCACCUUUAUCAUGGCUUGCGACUACCUGCGCAUGUGGCUGGAGCAAAAGGUGGACACGGUCAAGGAGCUGUUCAAUGAUGCGGAUAGAGACGAGCUCUAGGAUUAUGGAAGCAUGAUAGACGGUGGGUUAGAGGCACAACUUGAAGAGCUACUCCCGUGGUUGCUCGAAUAAGAUUGUAUUAUCCCCCAAGGGCCUACAAGUCACUUGAAGCCAGCCGGCGUCGGCUUUCAGGUCAACCCGCCCCGCUCCAGCUGCAUGUUCAUCUUGUACCUACAUUCAAUAGAGGAAUACAUAGUCUCUGAAGGUUCCUUGUUGCUGGGGAGAAAACCCUAGCUGGGUACCCCAUGUGAUCUUGGUUACUUUUGCAAAAGCCUUGGCCCUCUGCCCAAAUUGCGCCCUCUGCCCAAAUCGCCG